CCCCGCGUCGGCAGACACCCACGUACCGAUCACUAGGGCGGACGUGCUCACCCUGCCCAUCAUAUAAUACCGUCCAACCUCGCCUCCUUCUUACCAGUCUUCAGGAACCGCAACAACCAUCCAUCUCUGACUGACUCCUUCAAUCGCCAAUAUUCUUCAUCAUGAAGAAAUUCUUCGGCCUCAGGGGCCAGGCCCUCAACUAUGCCGUGGGCGUCAUAGCAGGCUGUGAUUUCCUGCUUUUCGGUUAUGACCAAGGUGUCAUGGGUGGCAUCUUGACUUUGCCUGUCUUCCUUGAACAGUUCCCGCAAAUCGACCCCUCGGCCGGCCCAGACUCGGCUACGCGCUCCACUCACCAAGGCAUUGCGGUUGCGUCCUACAACCUGGGCUGUUUUAUCGGCGCUGUCAUCACCAUCUGGAUUGGAAACCCCCUAGGUCGCAAGAGGAUGAUCAUGCUCGGAACCGCAAUCAUGCUCGUCGGUGCCAUCCUCCAGGCUUCAGCAUUCUCCCUUGAGCACUUCAUCAUCGGCAGAAUCAUCACCGGCAUAGGCAACGGAGGCAACACUUCCACCGUCCCUACCUGGCAGUCAGAGACAUCCCACGCUCACAAGCGUGGCAAGCUCGUCAUGGUCGAGGGUGCUUUGAUCACCGGAGGUGUCAUGCUGUCGUACUGGGUCGACUUGGGCCUCUCCUUCGCCCCCGGCUCCGUGGCCUGGAGAUUCCCCCUGGCCUUCCAGAUUGUGUUCUGUAUCUUCAUCCUCGCCUUCAUUUGGGCCCUUCCCGAAUCGCCCCGCUGGCUUAUCCUCAAGGGGCGCGAAGACGAAGCCCGCGAGGUCCUGGCUGCAUUGAGCGACUUGGACGUCAAUGACAAGCUCAUCCACAGCGAGUUCAACGAGAUCAAGGACACCGUCCUCGAGAUGUCCAAGGGUUCCUUCGCCGAUCUUUUCACAAUGGGCGAGGACCGCAACCUGCACCGCACCCUCCUCGCCUACGUCAACCAAAUGUUCCAGCAGAUCUCUGGGAUCAACCUCAUCACAUAUUACGCGGCCGUCAUCUACAGCAACCUCGGCAUGUCCGACUUCAUGGCCCGUCUCCUGGCUGCGCUCAACGGCACCGAGUAUUUCCUGGCCUCGUGGCCCGCCGUCUUCCUCGUGGAGCGCGUCGGCCGCAGGAAGCUCAUGCUCUUCGGUGCCGCGGGUCAGGCUGCCACGAUGGCGAUCCUGGCAGGCGUCAACUCCGAGUUCGAGCGCACCACGAACAAGACCGCCGGCAUUGUCGGCAUCGUAUUCCUCUUCGUCUUCAACACCUUCUUCGCCGUGGGCUGGCUCGGCAUGACCUGGCUCUACCCAGCAGAGAUCGUACCGCUGCGCAUCCGCGCGCCAGCCAACGCGCUGUCGACGUCCGCGAACUGGAUCUUCAACUUCAUGGUCGUCAUGAUUACGCCAGUCGCCUUCGAGACCAUCGGCUAUCAGACCUACAUCAUCUUUGCCGUCAUCAACGCCUUCAUGGUGCCCUCGGUCUACUUCUUCUACCCCGAGACCGCGUACCGCAGUCUCGAGGAGAUGGAUAGCAUCUUCCAUCAUGUCACUGGCUGGAAGGGCGUCUUCACUGUCGUGCACCAGGCCAAGGUCGAGCCCAGGCGCUACGGCAAGAACGGCGAGCUGCUGGUCGAUUACUCUGACACCGAGGAGGGGCGCGCCCACGGCCAUGGCCAAAAGCGGAACAGCGAUGAUAAGGGUGUUUUAAGCCAUGAUGACAAUGGGUCGUCUGCUCAUGGCGGGACCGGGGUGCUGGUACAGCACGAUGAGGAGAAGAAGGCCUAGGCUCUCUAGGUCGUGUCUGGCUUGGACAUGUGACAUGCAUGCUUCGAGCGGCUCGAAGGACCUUUUAUGGUCCAGCAAUAGAUACCCUGAUCUUAAUGUAGUGGAUACAGAUCGAAGUGACAAG